GUACAAGCCAAGCAAUACCUACGCAUAGGAAAUAUUACAAUUUACAUUAUUUCAAUACUACAAUUCGAUUAAAUUACGGUAACUGUUAUACUCUGUAUUACAACACUAUUUACUCAACAUAUCCAUUUUAUAUCUACUUUGGUCAUAAACAAACGCAUUCUACUCCUGGCAACCGUUGUCUGUGGCGUCAACUGACAUUUGACAUUUCCCAAAGGUGAAAAGGAACGCAAUGUUUAUUUACGUGCCCAAGUCAAUCACACGCAAAUCACAAUAGUCAUUACGCACAAAAGUAAAAAAUUUAAAGUGUGAUGAUCGCAAAGUUUUAAAGAUGUUGUGGUAUCUGCCAUGGUCCGAGAGCAUCAAGAAGAGAGCCUGCAGAUAUUUACUCCAACGCUACUUAGGAAAUUUCCUUGAAGAAAAGCUCACUUUGGCCCAGCUGAGUGUUGAUCUUUACAAUGGGACUGGUACUGUUUCCGACGUUAGCCUUGACUGCGAGGCGCUCAAUGAACUUGGUGAUAGUCAAAAUUGGCCCCUCGAGAUAGUUGAUGGGCAUAUGAGAGAAAUAACUGUGACAGUCCCUUGGUCAACAAUACUCAAAGAUGACUCCAUUGUGGAAAUCAAUGGCCUGUCCCUCACUGUUCAGCCCAAAGUCAGAGCAGAACCAGUGUCAUCAAUGCUGGAAUCCAUGUGGUCAUCCAUGUCAUCGUCCAUGCAGCUGGCGGCAGAGUGUCUGCAAGAGGAAGCCGGCCCCCAGGAGUCCAAUCCAGUGGAAGGCAUUGAAAUGUUUGCCCACGCCAUAGAUUCAAUUUUGAGCAGAGUAAAAGUGAAAUUUGUAAAUACAAAAAUAAGAAUAGAACAUGUCCCUAAAAAUGGAGAUAGAGGUAUUGCGUUGGAGAUUCACAUCAAACACAUCGACUACUUCGAUGAAGCCGGUUCCGAGCCGCUACCAGAGGCUACAGACACUGAAAAAACCAAAACAUACAUAGUAGCGACUUACACUAACAAAAAAAUCAAAUUCAGCGGCGUAACAUUCUACAUAGGCGAGUUCCCAUCUAAAUUACGAACUAUGGCACCCAGUUUGAUAAUGGAGAAAUCCCAAGGUUCUUCACAAGCUGAAAAAUCCGAAGCAGCAUCCGUCGAAAUACCAGACUCUAACUAUCAGAGCACUUUGUCUGAUGUCUUCUAUGAAACGAGAAGCGUUUUAUCGACGUUAGAAUCUGAUCCAAUAAAAGAAAUUAUAGAAGAGAAAGCACCCAACAGUGUUAGAGAACCUACACCGGAUGAAAGGGUCAAUCAACCAGAUCCAAUAUUGUUUGCAAAAUUGACCGGACAACAGGAGUUGGCAUUAAAACUCAAACAUUCUGAAGAAGUUGAAGGGCCCAAGGUUGAAGUGAGCAUUUUGUUGGGCUCGUUCCUGCUGUUCAUAACGCCGAGGCAGUUGCAUACGCUACUAGAAAUUGUUGAUGCACUAAAUCAACCACACUUAGAAGAUACGAGCAAUAUACCAGUAAGGCCAAGUGGAUCUAACAUGCAAUGCAAGCCGAUGAAGCACGCUGACUUCCAGCUUAUAGAGGCGCAGUUACUCGGCAAUCUGGAGAAACAGCAUACCAAGCCCGCUGGCAAAUAUGGCUGGUCUGGACCUAGCUUCGAGGACAGUGAUGUAGAGAACGACAAGUUCCUGCCGAUGACGUCACAGGGCCAUCCAAUGGCGGACAGCUUCAGCUCGUCCAUGAGCUCCAUGAACACCAGCACCACGUCCAGUAUGAACAUACCCGCGCAGCCGAGGAUCAAGAGGAACAAGAAAGUUCCUCAUAUCGACGGGGACCCUACGGCUGAAGUAUCCCACAUAAGCUUACGCGUCGCUUCAUUCUCCUGCGUUUUACUUCAUAAGGACAUUUUAAUAUAUACGCCAAUGGCUACCGACUGCGUGUCACCAUCUUCAGUGAAUAAGAUGCAGCACACGGCUACGGAAUUCUUCAACCAUAUAGAAAUAUUUAGCAAACUGGGGGAGAGAGACUUGAGAGGAACUAAUGAUGUGUUGGAUAAGGCUACAGAGAGAAACCAUUUGAGGUUGCUAACAUCAGAGAUAAGCUUAGAUGGCAGUGAGAAAGUGACGUCACACGGCAGUCAGACGAUGUGUGAGGCAGCUGUUAAGAGCAUUCUUGUCCGCGAAUGUCUCUACUACCAGGAGCAGACUGAUGACGUCAAGCCUCAAAACUUUGACUUGAUACGCUUUGAGAAGAAAGAUGACGACGAAAACACCAGCGUGCCACCAAAAUCAAACUUAAGACUUAAUUUCAAACAAACCUCAAGAUAUAUGCGAAUAUCAGGAGAAAAUAAAUUGGUACAUCCCACAACAGAUAUUGUGCUAAAAUGUACACCAUUCCACAUAGAUGUAGACCUCACGUUGAUAGACCGCAUGUCCGCGACGUUCUUCGGUGGAGCGAAAAGUGCCAACACGCCUACGCCAUUGCCGGCGCCGCAAGCACACAUGAACCUAUCAUUGCAAUGUCCCAACCUUAAUGUUAUACUCAGAUUCCCAAUCGCAGACCUGCGGUCGGGUAUCAGCCGCGAGGUGCGCCGCGUCCGGGCCGACUACCUCGUGUUCACGUUCAGUAACGCCACCGUGGGCAUGCAGCAGACCCAGAGCACGCGUCCCUUGCCCACCACUGUCACUGUCAAGGCCACUACGCUAGACCUGUACUACCAUGAAAACGAGCAUCUCCCGGCGACACACAUAGCUCAGUCAAGUAUGGACGAUGCGUCGUUUGAGAGUAACAUUCUUAGGGGAAAUGUUAACGCGCCUUUACCUAUGAUUUCACUAACAUUCCAACCUAGAGAGACCAACAAAGGGCCAUUCGAUUCUCUACACGAGGAUAUCGGUUUCGAGUCCAAGCCAAUGAAUCCAAUGACAACCUCAAUGUACAUAAUGAACAACCUGCGGAGCAACCUGCCCAGUCCCUUCAGCGGGAAGAAAAUGGCGCACCAGAGUAUAAGCAAGCAUGAUAAUAAUCAGCAAGGCCAAGAAGAAGACAUCAUAACGCCGGGAACAGAUGAGGAGAUGGCGGAAUUCACCAACAGUUCUGUAGAACACUCGUCGAUACACCUCGCAUUCAAUCUGCCUAUACUGAGCUUGCAACUUGAAUCAAAACAGCUGUACGAGAUAAUCUACAACCGUAUAAACUCGGACCUGCUGCUCUGGGAGCCGCAGGUCGCAGAGCCCUUCGACAUCAGCCCGCACAUGUGCGCGCCCAUCUACCCGGCCUUCGGCCUGUGCAAAGGCAUGGGAUACGAUUCAGAUUCAGAGAGCACAUCGUCUGAGGAGGAAACCCUCUACUACUCGACCUACGACAAUAAACUUAAGAAGGGCAUCGGAAAUACUAAACCACUACCAGAAAAUAAAGAGAGCGAAACACACAACUUCUGCCUCACGCUUAAAGUCGGUAAAGGAUUGUUGACCAUUUACGCUCCUGUAAGGGAUAGCAACAAACGUGUAGUACCUGGCCAAAUGGGUGAGCUGGUACUGGAGGCGUAUAACCUGUCAAUGUGCCAAGUGAGCGGGUUGAAUGGACGAGCAAAAACCGCGCAGCUGUGUUUGAGAGGCGGCAAGACUACCUUGUACCAUGAACCCCUUCUAACAAUACCGUCAGAUAAACCUCCACUCAGACUGUAUGGUACAAGCUUACCCUGUCAUCUCAGAAGCACCAUCUAUCCGUCAAACAAAGGAGUUGCCAUCAAAGAGAGACUGCAAACCAAGGAUAUGUUUACGAUGGCUUUGAAGACUGAACCCGACUGUGAAACGCCCAAUUUGAAGACGAUAUGCAUAGCUCUGGGCAUAGAGCAAGCGACGCUCCGGCACAGAGGCGACAAGGGCAUCGCUUGGCUCAGCCAGCUGAUGGAUGUGCUUGAUGUGUUGGACUAUCCCGUGCCGGGAUACUCACCCUCUACGGUUCUGUCCGAGUUGCAUGUACAUGUAUGGGACUGUGCUGUGGAUUACAGGCCAUUAUACCUACCAAUAAGGACAGUAGUCACACUGGGAAACUUCAGUGUAUCAAGUAACUUAAUACCAGAGACCAACACUUCGUACCUUCGCUUCCUCGCCCAAGAGUGCACACUGUUCCUCUCAUACCUGACGGGGUCCAAAGCGAAUGUUCCAAUACCGCAGGACGAUGACAAAUACCCUGACAUAAGCAAAGACUAUGUUUGUGUUAUUGAUGUGGGAUUAUUUGAGUUGUCUUUGCGGAUGGAGGAUAAAAGCAGCGGCUCAAACGACCAGCCACAGGUGGACCUCACAGCGUCAAACAACAUGGUCAACAUGUACACGUGUUGGGACUCCGCGUCAGCUCUCUGUAGGCUGGUCACGUACGUGGCAUCUGAUGGUGAUUCCCAACCGCCGUUCGACAGGUCGCGGCACACCAGCAUAUGCUCUGAUCAACCAUUGGAGCCUUUAGUAGGCCUUGAAGAACGACCAAUAGAAGAAAUCAGGGAGUUAUCACCGAGCGAAAUACAACAAGUCAAUGAUUUGAUGGCUGAAGCAAUGAAAGAAAGCCCAAAUAAUACAACGGAGGAAGACGAACUAAAUAGUUCGACGGAAAAGGAAGGUGUAGAAGUAUUCUUCUUCCCAGACGAAUCCAACAUGAAACAGAAGCAGCUCUCUUCUGAAGCCAUAGACACGGAAGUUGAGCCUAAAUCCAUAGAGUACGAGGAAUCGUCCAAGUCAGAAGACACGCAUGAGGCGAAACCGACUAACAUGCAAGUCGCGAGGGAUCUUGGUGAUCCAACUUCUACACCAAAAACAACACCUAAAAAAGCAAAAAGAAAAAAAAUCAAAUCGUCCGGCGAAGGCAGCAAUACUGACGACGAGUACUGCAUAGUGGAGGAGCAGCCGUAUGGCGACAACGAGAUGGAUGAGCCGACUGUGACGUGGCUGGGCAAUGGCCCCACUUUCAUGGUCGACAACCACUUCACUGUGCCGGCCGCGCGCUCCGACGUGUUGAAGGCACCCAAGAGUUUCCCCCUGCCUGUGCUCAGAUAUACACUAUGUGAGAUGAGUCUGACCUGGAACAUGUUCGGAGGUACCGACUUCAGGCCGGCGAGUGAAUCACCGAGCAACAAGAAGACUGUCACGAUAGACGACUCUAGGAACCAAGGAUCACCCACAUCCUCAAAGCGCAGUAAAGACUACGAGCCGUACGAAGCGAGCAGAGCUAUAACGGAUGCAUACCGGCGCGGGGGGGUCAGCUGGUCGGCGGGCGCCGAGCGCGUGCGGCCGCAGGCGAAGACUCACAAGUGGGAGCUGCGGCUGCGGGGGGGCAAGCAUCGCGACCAUCACACCUGCGUCAAGUUGUGCCUCACCAAGGUGAAAUUCCAACACGAAGUAUACCCGCCCGGAGGCAUACAGGCAUCGCGCCAGACGCUCGCCAUCACCAAGGUAGAAGUCCUCGACAAGUUGCUGUGCAGCGACAUUAACAAGCUGCUCAGCCAGUACAAGCUCAAGGAUGAACCAGAACGGAAGAAUGCUCAUAUGCUAAUCGUGAAGGCAGUCCACCUCCGAGCAGACGCAGCGCUGCCGGCUCAAGAAUGCUGUCUAAAAGUGUCUCUGCUGCCGUUGCGGUUCAACUUGGACCAGGAUACUUUAGCUUUCCUCGUCGGCUUCUUCUCUAAGCUCGGAACUGAUGAGACUAGUGAGGAGGACACGAAAAGCGUGGGCGGUCUAUCAACCGAGUCGAGUGGGUCUCGUCAAACGACGCCCACGCACCGGCCGCCCGUCAUGAGCAUCGGCAGCCAUCUGCGCGACCCGCCGCCCACGCCCACUUCGCUGGGCGACGGGGACUGUCUUUCCUUGAACGAGACAGUUAUUCGUGAUGAUGAACCACUGAUGGAGACUUAUGAAGCAGAACGCUUGGUGUCAGAGAAUUUAAUACAAUUGGAACAAACGCUGGAGGAAGACUUUCAACGCUUAGGCAUUAAUCAAGAAAAACCCACAACUAAAGUACCAGACUCGGACCCUGUGGAUGAUUCUCCUAUAUACUUCAGACGCGUUGUAUUUUCACCGGAAGUGCCGAUCCGUUUGGACUAUGUGGGUAAACGGGUCGACCUUUCGGCAGGGCCCGUCGCCGGGUUGCUAAUGGGUCUCGGUCAACUUAACUGCUCUGAACUGACACUAAAGAGGCUGGAUUACAAGCUGGGGCUUUUGGGUCUAGAAAAGUUAGUGCAAUGGGCCCUACACGAGUGGCUCUCUGACAUAAAGCGACACCAGCUGCCUGGACUACUUAGCGGGAUCGGUCCUAUGCACUCGCUUUUGCAAAUAAUAACGGGUAUCAGGGACCUGGUGUGGCUGCCCGUGGAGCAGUGGCGGCGCGACGGGCGCCUCGUGCACGGACUGCGGCGCGGCGCCGCGUCCUUCACCGCGCGCACCGCCGUCGCCGCGCUCGACAUCACCGCGCGCCUGCUGCACCUCAUACAGGCUACCGCAGAGACAGCGUUUGAUAUGUUAACGCCGAGCCCGUCACUGCCGCUAACCGAUGCGCUGGAGCGAAGACCCCGCCGCCGCCGCCGUAGGGACCCCUCGCGCCAGCCUGCUGACAUACGGGAAGGGGUCGCUAGCGCCUACAACACUGUUAAGGAGGGCUUCGCUGAGACGGCGGCCACGAUGGCGGUGGCGGCGCGGCGCGGGCACGGCGCGGGCGUGCUGCGCCACCUGCCGGGCGCGGCCGUGGCCCCGCUGGCGCUGGCGGCGGCGGGCGCGGCCGACGUGCUGGGCGGCGUGCGCGCGCACCUGGCGCCGCACCUGCACCGCGACCACGCCGACAAGUGGCGCCGCCACGCGGAUUCGGCUGACUAAAUCUACAUUUGGUUCAUAAUGAUCUCCAUAGAUUUUGAAAAACUUAUAGACAACAACCAAACAAAAGACAUAAAAAAUGCAACAAAAACAAAUUAUGAGUAAAAUAAAAUUUCCUUUAAAUGAAGUCCCAAUAUUUUAGGAUGGUACAAUGUGUUUCAUAGCAGAGAACCAGAUUUUUUCAAAAUGUGAUAUAUUUUUAUACUUAACCGAUAAUAAUAAUUGUAAUUUUUAAAAGUCAUAUCAUAAUGUUGUUUAAAUAUCAUCAAAAUAAGCAUUAAGCUUCAGUUUUGCUUACGAAAGCUUUGUGUAUACAAGAAGUCGGUUAACUAUGGUGCUUGAUGUAUCGGAAUGGCAUUUUGAAGCAUUUAGUUGCUUAUUAUUAUUAUUAGGAUUAAUAAAUAGGUGUAAAUAUUUUUUUUAUAUAAUUAUAUUUCCUAUUUGAAUGAUUGUGGGUGCCAUGACAAAAAAAUGAUAAUAAUAUUAAAAAUAUUAUUCUUUUGAUUACAUUUAAUGUAACUUGAAAAUUAUUUCGGCAAGUAUGGAAAGCGUUGUAAUUGCUAUGUAUACAGGAUGCUCGGGAGUAUUUGCCAUAACUUCAAGGUUGACGAGUCCACUUAUUGGAGCCGAACUGUAUAAGUAAUAUUUUUUUAACUUAAAAAUAAAAUAUAUAUACAAAUAAAAUAUAUAUACUUAUACCAAGUAAUUCAAACAAUUCUGACUAGCCAUGUAACACACGCCUUAUCUAUCUUUGCAUUUCAUAAUGGCUACUUCAUAAUUAUAGGGAUGCGUUUAAGGGACAAAUUUUAAGAUCUAUUUACAAAAGAAAAGUUAUUUACCCCUAAAAUAAUAAUUUUAGAACACAUGUUCCUUGAACAUUUUUAAUUAAUUUUCGAUAAAUAAUAUAACCCCAGAGUUAUGGGAAAUACUCCCGAGCACCCUGUAUUUUCUUUAUUUGUAUGAUCAAGCUAGCGAGACUACUUUUUUACGAGCAAUAUUUUUAUAGGCUAGUGAAGUAAACUGUAAUAUUAGAAAAAUUACUAUAAAAUGUGAAAAAAUUGUAUCACUUUUUGUAAUGAAACUACUUAGAUCCAAAUAAAUCAAUAUUAAUUA